UCUCACUCAUUGCGCAAAAAAAGAGUUCGCCUAACCUACAAAAGAACAGUUUGCAUUUUUCAGCUGCGUGUUUGAAGAAGACUUUUCAAGUCUGAAACAUUCUAAAUAUACAACAUUUUGACCACGAAAAACUGAUUGGUGCAUAUAAAGGUUUGAGUUGUACUUUUGUCGCACGGAAGGAUAUUUUGCUGGCAAGUGCUAUGAAUACAUCAAAUAAUAUUUCUACGAACGUUAGCGAGGUAACCCAUGUGCUGUUAUCAGAUACCGUGGAGUUCAAGGUAUUCAAGAUCCUGCUCUAUUCGCUCAUCUUACUAGCGAGCACGUUGGGUAACGGUCUAGUCAUCCACGUGAUCAGAAACACAGAGCGCAUGUGGACACCUUCAAACGUGCUCAUUAUGAACCUGGCCGUGUGUGACAUAAUCACCCCCGUGCUCAGCAUCCUAUUCGACCUCCCCCUGGAGGAGAACGAGUACAAAUGGAUUUACGGGGGGUUCAUGUGCAAGGUGCUCUGGCCGGGCUCCACGUUCUCCACCACGUCAUCUUCGCUGACCCUCGCCGCGAUUUCCAUGGAUCGUUACCGGGUCAUCAUGCACCCAUUCAAGUCUAAACUAAGCAUGGACCAGGUGAAAAUUAUGAUCUCUUUAAUUCAUUUAUUCGCGUUAGCGGUUGUAACGCCGUAUAUAUACGUGUUGAGGCUGGGUGAGGACGGUAGAUGCGACGAGACUUGGUCAGCAGACUCCGCCUACCGCAAGGUGUACACCAUGGUGUUAUUCCUUGUGCAGUACUGCAUCCCCCUUAUUUUCAUGACCAUCAUGUAUACAAUGACUCUAAAGAGCUUGUACUCCGCCUCGCUCAAAACCUGGGUAAUGCGACUGGACCACGUGGAGGAAGAUGCGUCAUUACACGUGGUUAGCGAGUCGUCUUCCACCGACAGUUGUCAUAGCGGGAAGCAAAAGAAGAAGAAGAAGAAGCGCGCGUUCUUCCAUGUGGGAUCGGGGGUAGUAAGUGAAACUAACAGGCGCGCCACUAAGAUGUUCAUGGUGGUCGUAUUUGUGUUCGCCACGUGUAUGUUCCCAAAUCAGGUCAUGUGGCUAUGGAAUGAUUACGGGGAGGAGCUCCAGGCGCGGCACCGCAUCAUCACUAUCAUCUGCCUCAUGUUCACGUACGCCAAUAGUGUAUGUAACCCGGUCAUCUACGCGUUCUUUAGCGCUGACUUUAAGAAGGGGUUCUACGGAGUUUACGGUAAACUAUGCUGCAAGACCAUCGACGAGUACGAUUUGACUGCGCAUAACUCGCAGUACGUGGGUUCCCAUUACAACCAAUCAAGAACGCAAUGCUAAGGCCAACUAGAUAGCUCUGGAUGUGUACGCACGCAAUCUCACCUUGCACCAAUAUUCAACAUCUAUAUGAGGAGAUGUUUUUUUAAAAGAUCGUCCUCACACAACUCCUUAGGACCUAAGUUCAACUUUUCAAGGCUAAGGGAGCGUUUUUUCCUAUCAUUCUGGAAUGGGAAUGAUUGGUAGAGAAUGUUCAGAAUGUCAUUCGAGUCUAAUGGGUGGAAUGGCCUUCAUUCAAUUCCGGAAUGGGAACGCGGGAUAGACAAACGCGCGCUUUUUCUAUUCUAAUCAUUCUCAUUGCGGAAUGAGGAGUAAAAAAACGCGCCCUAAGGCUAGUCUUCGAUUCACCGCACGAGAUAUGUACUUACAGGAGUGAAACAGGUGUUCAACUAGUGAAAGAAGAUGUGCACCGCGCUAAAACUAAUAAAAAUAUACACGUUUUGGA